GGGCUCGGACCUAGGUUGCGGCGACAUGGCUAAACGCACCAAGAAGGUCAGAAUCGUGGGUAAAUAUGGGACCCAUUAUGGUGCCUCCCUCAGGAAAAUGGUGAAGACAAUUGAAAUCAGACAGCACGCCAAGUACACUUGCUCCUUCUGCGGCAAAGCCAAGAUGAAGAGACGAGCUGUGGGCAUUUGGCACUGUGGCUCCUGGAUGAAAACAGUAGCUGGUGGUGCCUGGACCUACAACACCAUUUCUGCCGCCACAGUAAAGUCUGCCAUCAGAAGAGUGAAGGAAUUGAAGGACCAGCAGAAGCACCACCAUUUGAAACACUGCUAGCCUAAAUGGGUUAAUUUAUGCAACCAGAAAAAAAAAAAAAAAAACUCUCUUAAAUGUAUGUCACUUUUGUUCCCAAAACACUUUGAUAACAGAUAAAAAUGCUAGUGGGGAGUUCUGCUUCCAGUACACUCCUCCCACAGAUAAACAACUAAACACUCUGAAUAAAAUAUAAAAAACAACUAUCUGAAGUGAACAAUGGCUGGCAGAUUUUAGAAAAGUUAAAAACUGGAAGAACGGACU